AUGUCAAAUCCUAAUCUAGAUCAUCCAAGUACUUUUGUUGAUCAGUUCAACAUUUUACCAAAUCAAUAUUUCAAUUCAAAUCCAAACCAAAUAAAUUUAAUAAAUCAAAUAUCAUUAAUAAAUCAAAAAAUUUUACAAUAUGAUAAUAAUAUUAGAGAAUUAAUAAAAUUAAUGGAAUUAAAUAAAAAUUGUUUAGUUGAGUUAAAUGCUUUGAAUGCAAAAUGUUUUUAUUUAAACUCAAAUUUAGUCUUGGAUAAUACUGAUUCAAUUAUAAAUCAACAAAGUUUUGAAAUCUUAAAUGAGGAGUAUAGUCAUAUAUUACAGAAAUUGCAAAUAAAUGAACAAUUUAAUGUACAAAUUUUAAGUGAAAAAGAAGAGCAAAGUAAAGAGACGAUUGACAUAGACAAUUUUUCAGAAGAUGAAGAAGAAUCUGAAGAACAAGAAGAAGAAGUAGAGGAGGAAGAAGAAUUAUCAGAAGAGGAAAACAUUUAUUCGUCUACACCAACACCACCAGAUCUCAGAAAGAUGAUCUCCAUAUCAAAUCUCAAAUUAAAACCAAUGAGAUGUGCAACUUCAACAAUAACUUCAACCACGAACUCACCAAGUACCGCAAAACCCAAUAAAUUAAUAUCAAAACAAAAAUCAAGAUAUAGAUUAUCAAACAUAUAUAACAUAAACCCAAUUGCAUACGAAGAUUCAUCGUUUAAUUCUUCAACCACAAACAAUAAUUCAACUAUAUCAUCUAUUGCUUCAUCGGAAAUUUCUGAAGAUAGUGAAAGAUUAAUGAAAAAUAGUUUAUCAAAAUCUUAUGACACAAUUGAUUCUCACUUGAAUAAUACAUUCGAAGAAGAUCAACGACUACAAGACCCAAUAAAUUUUAAAAAAGAAGUAAUGACACCACCACCUCCAACACCACCACAACAACAACUUGCCAAACAUACAAGAUCAAACUCCUUACCAACAUCAACAACUUCAAUAGAUCAAAAUGAACUAUUUAAAGAAUUUGAUUGCCAACAAGAUUAUUUACAAUUCAAUAAAUUAAAACAUUUUAUAAGUAUGAGUAAUUUACCAAGACAUAAUUUAUCACCUCAUGAAGAUUUAUUUUAUAAAGAGAUUAAUAAGUCAUUAGCUUUAACUCCUCAACAACAAAAUAAUAAUGAAUGUGAUGUAUGUUCCAUAGUGUCUGAUGUAUCAUAUUAUUCUCCUUCUGAUAAAGAACAACAAAGACAAAGUAAAUCAAGCCAGUUUCACCAUAAUGAUGUUUUUAAUGAAGAUGAUUUAAAAUUUGAUACGUAUAAUAACUUUUUGAGAAAAUCAGCCCUAAAUCUUAGAGAACAAUUACAACAUCACCCAUUAAAUAGACAUAAAACAAAUUUUCAGUCAUUAUUAGUAAACCACCCAAGCUCAAAUCAUAAAUUCCAGAAUCCAAUAAAUAUAGUAUCAUCACAAAGAUCAAACCCAACGACAAAUAUAGCUGUACUUGAAGAUCAACAACAACGACAUUCUAAUACAAACUCAUUUCCUUCCUCAAGAAAACUUUUACAUGAAGUUAUUUCAAGAAGUCCAGUGAUUUCUAAUACUUUUGAAUCAAAAUCACCACCGUUAAAUACAAGUCAUAAUAAAGAAAAUGUGUAUAACUUUUCUAGCUGUUCAUAUGAUAAAGUUCUACGUCCACCAACUAUAAAAUCUGCACCAUCAAUAGCAACGUCAUCCGACCAAUCAUCAAAUUUACAAUCCCCCUCACUAAUAUCAAAUGAGUUCAUGAAAAAUUUUAUGCUCACAAACAAAAAGCAAGAAACUCCUAAAAAUACAAAACCACCAACACCACAAAAGAUCAAAGACCUUAAAAAGCAAAAAAGAUUCAAAAAUAUACCCAUUCUGAUACCCAAUCAAACCCAAUUAAAAAGAAUACCCGUAAACAAACAAGUACAACAAGAAAAUGGAUUUAAGAUAUUAAGUGGUUCUUAUUCAAAUCUAACAAUAAUGAAGAAUAAGAAAUAUAUAAAUCAUGGAAAUACUUCGAUUUUUAAUAAUCCAAUAAUUAGAAAUUAUAAUGAAGAUGCAAUUAGAGAAGCAUUAAGUGACAGUUUAUUAGAUUAA